AUGUCUCACCCAGUCGUAGGAGAUCCUGAAUGGGAUCAAUUGCAGUGCAACUACGAUCCCCUUGGCGAGCAUACCCCCUUAACCGGCCGUUUCUCAAACACCACCGUCUCAGACCUGCAACCCUUCUCGCUAGCGACUCCAUCGACCACCUCAGCACCCCAUCACACAAACCCACCUCGAGGCCAUCCCCAUCCCCAAACGACAACUGCAAGUAACCCCCCGCUAUCCCUCCUCGAGUCCGUACACAGAAACCGACGUUGGAGACUUGCCACACGACGACCACAUAGUCGCCUCGGCCAUGCAACACUCCAGCUCGGCCAUGCAACUCUCCAACACGUCGCUCCAAUGCCCAAGCCGAUGUGGAACUUUUCAAGCUAA